AUGCCAUCAUCCGACUCGAAACCCCACCACCGGCGCCGCGGCGGCUUCCGAGACAUGCUGCAGCGGCUCACGGGGCUGAACCUGAACGCGCGGGCGGAGCGGGCGGAGCGGGAGCAGCAGCGGCGGCGGGAGCAGCGGCGGCGGGAGCGCGACCUGCGGCACAUGCAGCGGUACGUGACGCCGCACGGGCACGUGAGCUCGGCGCGGGCGAUCCGGCGGCGGGUGACGGAGGCGCAGCAGCGCGGCGUCCGCGUCGCGCCGGACGUGCUGUACCAGCUGGCCGCGCUCGAGCGCAUCCUCGUCACGCGCCCCCCCAGCGGCCGCUCCAGCCUGCGCCCCGGCAUGCUCGCCCGCCUCGGCCAGCUUAAUGCUCGGUGGUACUUCCUCGGCUACGACGGGUUCUACUACUAUAGCAGCCACCCGCUCGCGCUCGGCGCCGACUUCGAUAUCACCGUUGAUACCUUCGUGCCGCCGUCCAUUCGCAUGGUCGCGUACCCGUACCGGCAGUUGUGCCGUUCGUAA